AUGGAUCCUCUUUCUUUUACAGCUAGCCUUUUAGCGGUUGCUACGUUGGCCGCCAGCGUUACAACUGCGUUAUCGAAUCUCAGGCAUGUUGGCGAGCUACCGGGCCGUCUACACGCCAUCAACAACGAAGUGACGGAUCUUGAGGUCAUCCUUCGCCAAAUCGGGUCCAAGUUUACCGAGACCCACUCUUCACCACUGCGAGGAAAUCCCAACUCGCUUCUAGAUGUGCUGCGCCGAGCAGAGAGCAAGCUGCGAGAGCUGGAUGCCAUAGUCGCUCGGUUGAUGCGUUCCUGCGUGAGAAACGGCAAAUUUCUUGUUCGUGCAAAGGUUUGGAUGACGGAGAAGCCAAAAUUACAGGCUUUCCAGGAAGAGCUGCACGAUAUCAAGGCUACCCUGAAUCUUAUUUUGGGACUUGUUCAUUCUCAAGAUAUGAUGCGCGUUCAGCUGGAUCUCCAGAACAUAUCACUCGUCUCUACCAAGAUGACAAAUGCCCAAAUUGUGUUUCGAAAUGAGAUAAAUUCGACCAUCGAACAAAAUACCCACCGUGUUGAUGAAAGGCUGGCCGCACUGGAAAGGGCGCUUAACGAGCAACUUUCUCGACUCCAACUCCGUGUGAGCUCAGACAUGGGCACCUAUUUCCGCAGCCAAGGGGCAAAUUCAAUGACUACUUCUCUCCAGCAGUACCAGAAAUCCUUCGCUCCGUCCCACGUGGGUCUUGUUAGAAUUCGCGCCGCUCAGUAUAUUGGCCGAGCAUGCGAGGCGACUUGCCGGUGUGCCUGUCACCAGCGCUUCGAAUAUCAUUCUCCAAGUCUUGUCGGCCCCGUCGUGGGGAAGCUGUUUUUUGGCUACGCCGGCUUCCCUCGCAUUCGAAGGAAUUGUGACGAUUUGCGCUGUUCGCGAAGCAAAGCACGUCACAUCAGCAUAGAAUACUGGUUUCCAUUGUGGUUCUUGUCGGGAAUUCUAAUGCUCAUUCUCUCACUGCAACAAUCCGGCCCGGCACUGCAACUUCGCCUUCUUCGGCGGGUUCCGGACGCCGCUCAAUGUAUUGACUUUGCAAGAACUGGCAACAUCGAAGGAAUCAAACUACUCUUCAAGGAAGGACUGGCGUCCCCGUUCGAUGUUAGCCAGUCCCGGAACUUCUCCAUGCUUCGCUACGAAACUUGCAGGUUCCUUCUUGAAGCCGGCUCGGGUCCGAACCAAGCUGGCGCAAGUGCAAUGAUGUGGGAUUUUGUUCUCUGGGCCACACUGAAUGAUUCAGAGAUGGAGACUGUCACAACCCUCCUCGCCGGCAGUGAUUUUGUAGACGACCAGAAAUUCCCCAUGGUCCACAAAAUCAUUCUCAAGUUGUCGGGAAGAAGUCUAGAAAACGAGGUGUUGCACAAUCUAGAUGCCGUAUUCGAGACAGACGCUCGGGGUCGCACCGCCUUAUCUUGGGCGGCAGCCCGGGGCGAUGAACGCUCCAUGAUCGCACUUCUAGCCUGUGGGGCCGACCCCAACGCCAUGGACCAAGACGACCCCAUCUCGCCGCAAGGCACUCCAACACGUACGCCGCCACUCGUGCUCAUCGGGCAAUUUGGGGACCUCUUAGCUCUGAAAACGAUUCAAGAUUUCAAUCCUAAUAUCGAAGCUAGAACGCAUGCCCUGCUUCUCCUGGAGCGCAAUGCCAACCCCAACGCCAUGAUGAACGACGGCAAGACGCCGCUAACGGCCGCCAUCACAUAUAACAAUAAAGGCGUUCUGAAGGUACUACUAAAUAGCUGGAACAAGUACAUCACUUGUCCCCGCCUCGCCGGUCCGAAUCUGCUAGACGUGGUGGCGGACUUUGCCGACAUCGAGACCAUCCUUAUUCUGGCCAUGACCGAGCAUCUGCGAUUCUAUAGUGAUAAACAGUACGUAUUGGCUUCAAGGGCGUCCGAGCGCAUCCGGAAGCGCCCAGAUGCGUCGGAGAAGCUCAUAGCCGCCUUUGACGAGCUUGUCACUCAUGUCAAGGGAGGAUAUGGAGGAGGACGUCAGCAGCUUGAUGGAGAGCGGGUUCUUGAAGCACGAGACGAAUUCCCCGGAAAGUGA